CACUUCUUUUGUUUCCCCAACAUUUAAGAAAGAAGCUCCAAUAUUCGAUUCUCUCCAUUUCCUUCCUUCAUCUCUCUUCUUCAGCUCCUGGAUUUCCUCUGUGAUGAUCUUUACUCUUUGAAGCUUGCUGAGGUUUCGAUAGGGUUUUGUUAACCUUCAUGCUUUCUUCUGGCAUGCUCUUUUUCUCUGUCUGAUUUGGAGCAAUGAGUGCUGUGAACAUCACCAACGUUACCGUACUUGACAAUCCCGCUUCGUUCUUAACCCCUUUUCAGUUCGAGAUUUCCUAUGAGUGCUUGACUCCUCUCAAAGACGAUUUGGAAUGGAAGCUCAUUUAUGUUGGAUCUGCUGAGGAUGAAACGUAUGAUCAAUUACUAGAGAGUGUGCUUGUUGGUCCUGUCAAUGUUGGAAACUAUCGCUUUGUAUUACAGGCAGAUCCACCAGACCCAUCAAAGAUUCGUGAAGAAGAUAUUAUUGGGGUCACAGUGCUCCUAUUGACCUGCUCUUAUCUGGGUCAGGAAUUUGUCAGAGUGGGAUACUAUGUGAACAAUGACUAUGAGGAUGAGCACCUAAGAGAGGAACCUCCGCCAAAGGUUUUGAUUGAUAAGGUUCAAAGGAACAUAUUAUCUGAUAAACCUAGGGUUACUAAGUUCCCCAUCAAUUUCCAUCCAGAGAAUAACAAUGAAAAUGCAGAGCAACCUCCUCCAACUGAGCACCCAUCUGAAAUUAAUGAGAACGGAGAAGUGCAACAUGCACCCUCUGAUCAUGUUCAACCAGAUGAACAUGAAUCUUAAAUUUUACUGGUAUAGAGAAACAUUGUUUUGAGUCCGUGUAAUUUUACUCUAAAAGAUGCAAACAAGAUUGCCAUCAACAUGGAUGCUUGAGUUUUACAGCUGCCAUCAACCAUCUGAAAUUGGAUGAGACAUUUAGGAUAUGAUGAUAAAUAUACACAGGCAUACGUGUUGUGAUUUUUGAAACCCAGUUUUUUCAGUGAAUCCCUGUGUGGUGCUUUCAAUUUGGUUUUGAUUGUUGAAACAGAUUCUCAGUGACUAGAUUCUGUUAGUUAUUUUCUUCACGGUUUGUAAUAGUAGAGAUAAAAUGCACAUUAGUGUGGCUAAUUUGAUUCUUGCUUUCUUUA